AGAGCACAAGUUAACAAAGUGAGUGCCCGGAAUGCACAAAGCGCAGCUGUCAUAAGUUCGGUGCCGUAAUAUUUACAAAACAAGCUGCGAGUUUGCUGUUGUGGAAAUUCGGCUGAAAUUCUUCCCAUUUAUACUUUGAUAUAACUUAUCUACUCUAUGGAUCACGAACAUUUUUGGAAGUGCAUUCAACAUGAAUUCGGCGAGGUACACACACAUUUGCAGAAUAUCCUCAGGAUACAAAGUCUUUGUAACCAGUCGCUGCGGCUACUUACUCGGGAAUCUAUCGUAGCGAUAGAAAACGACAUGCGUACGAUGGCUGACUAUUUUAUCAAUAAAUGUAAAAACUCGAAAGGAUCAAAGGAACCGUCCAUGCGGGAUAUCUAUGGACCACGAUGGGAAACUAAGCCGAAAGAGUUUACCUUCUUAGAAGGCGAGAUAUUAUGCCUACUAGGUUUGGCAGAAUAUGUUCAGAAAAAAGGGAUAGAAGGGUUUCUAAAGUUCUCAAAAAGCAGCGCUGUACAAAAUUAUAUAUCAUCUGUACAUAAAUCAAUUAUUCCAGAUGAGUCUGGCACGAAAGUACACGUUGCGAACUUGGUGCAGAAAAUCAAAAGCGUUUAUAUGGCUCUCCAAAUUGAAGAAGACCCAGAUUUCGACCGGUUCGUAGAGAAGCUUGAUAAUCUAGACGUGAACUGGCUGGCGCCUUCGGAAAAGGACAACCAUCUACGAGCAUCAGUUCAGUGUCCAGUUUGUGCUUCGGAAGGGCACGAUCGAAGUAUUACUCUAAAAGUGGAUGCCAAUGGCCGGUGGCACAUCUACAGUUUCACUCGGCACUGUGAUACGUAUCAUUAUGCUUUGCCCCGAAUGGCCAGGCAAAAACAAUUUAUUGAAGCCGUCGAAAUGGAUGAUGCGAUGGACGACAGCGUUUCAGACCCGCCAAGUUUGGGAACUGGACAGAUCAAGAUUGAAGAGGGAGACAACGGCUCACUUGAAUAUUUUGCUACGAGUUAGGGUGGACUAGAUCCCUAAAAUGAUUGAAUUCAAUGAAUAAAUUCUCCAAUGCGUGACAUCUAGAUACGUAUCUCAUCUAUUGAAUUCAUAAAUGGAUUUGCUUAAUGAUCGAAAAAUUACUUAUAAGAAUAAUAAUAAAUUAAUGUAAAACCUUAAGAUCUUGCCAACUCAAGUUUACUCAAAAAUAAGAUGAAUGUCUAUUCUUAUUAUUUUACUUCUAUUGCAUGUUUGAGAACACGAC